UUUAUAAUUCAUUUGUACAUCAUCAUAUUUACCUACUACAAUUCCACUACUUUGCCACUUUAGGGUCAGAUCAUCAUUAAACCAACGAGAGAGAGAGAGAGAGAGAGAGAGAGAGAAAUGAUGGCAUCUUCCGUUAUCUCCAUCAUCUUCUUCACCAUAUGUGGCUUAGCAUUCUUUGUAAACUCUCAAGUAGAUUCCUGCAAUUCCAAUCUAAACAUCAACAGCCUCCCUUUUGACUCAGCAUCUCUCCACUGUGUCAGUGCUUGGAGUUCUCAGGAUUUCAUCCUUCGAUACGCGCAGACUUCAUCAAAUUUAUGGAGCUUUGUUCUGUCAGCACCAGAUGCAAAUAGUUACAUAGCUAUAGGGUUUUCAAGCAAUGGUGUGAUGAUAGGAUCCAGUGCUGUUGUGGGGUGGAUAUCGGCAACUGAUGGUUCUCCGACAGUAAAAAAGUAUUUUCUGGGAGGGCAAAAUUCAAAGGAAGUGGUACUUGACGGAGGAAACCUAGUAAUUAACACUUCCAUGAUCGUAACUCAGUCUUCACGCCUGUAUUUAGCCUUCCAGUUGAACACCGACCAGCCGGCGCCUCGGAUAAUUUAUGCUCUCGGACCGACCGGUGUGAUGCCUUCUUCUCCAAGCUUCUCCUUGACCCGGCACGCUGACAUGGUCUCCACAACCUUGAAUUAUGUUACAGGUCAAACAAGCAAUAUCAAUGUAAGGCCACAGUCAAGAUUAAGGAAGAGCCAUGGAGCAUUGAACAUGGUUGGCUGGGGCAUUUUGAUGAUAAUCGGAGCAAUAGUUGCUCGCCAUUUCAGGCAAUGGGAUCCUGUGUGGUUCUACGUCCAUAUUUGCAUUCAAUCAUUGGGAUUUUUACUAGGCAUAGCUGGUGUCAUCUGCGGAAUUAUCCUUGAAAAUCGUCUUGGUGCUGAUGUCUCCACCCACAAGGGUCUUGGGGUCUUCCUUCUUGUUCUUGGAUGCCUUCAGGUGAUGGCAUUUUUGGCUCGACCAGAGAAGUCGUCAAAGGUAAGGAAGUACUGGAAUUGGUACCACUACAGUGUGGGGAGGAUUUUGAUUAUAUUUGCAGUAGCAAAUGUCUUCUAUGGAAUCCAUUUAGGUAAAGAGGGACGAGAAUGGAAGGGUGGCUAUGGAGGUGUUCUUGCUAUCUUGUUUGUAAUUGCUCUUAUUUUAGAGGUGCGAAUGUGGAUGAAAAAAUGAGUUUCUUACACCUAGCUGCUACACUUUCAAGGUUUCCAUUACUAUUUGUAACAGAAUACUUCUUCGAUUCUGCCUAUAUAUGUUUUUUUUU